AACUGUAGUAAUGCCAAUACUUCUUGAAUAUUAUAAACCUGGCUUAUCAGCCCGACGCAGGGCUGGAAUUUGUCUCUUCCUGUGCUGCAUCUCUGCUUUCUGAGAGGGGCGUUUAAAUACAGGCUGGAGACGCUGCCUUGCCAGUGUGCUCUGCUGGGCUCUGACAGCAGCAGCAGGGCUGCUCCAACGCCUUUGGGGUUUCUUUUAUUACUCUUUAUUUUUUUUGCACUGAAUCCUUUUGGGGACAAAAAAGGAACUUCUCUGGGAGAAGGCUCUGAGACUGCAUGUCCCAACAGUACGCGCUGCAGGAGGCGAAGGGAGACGCGGUUUGCUUCGUACCUGGCUCUCCUCUCUUCUCCGUCCUGAUGGAGCCGGCGUCCUUCUGCUACCCCCGGCUCACCUUCCUCCGCUCACCCUACGGCCAGUUCGGGGCCAGCGCUGGCUCUUCCCAGGAUUUGGCGCCGUGGCCGCAGCGUUUGGUGGCGCAGAGGUGGAGCAGGCCGGUGGACGAGUCUCCACCAGCAGCGAUGUCAAGAAAUGGAUAUUUCUUUGAAGAGAGUGGGUACCUCAAGUGCGACACGGACGACGCGAAGGAGGAAGGGACGAGCGAGGAGCUCUUCGACGGCGUCAACUCCACCAUCGUCUCCGGGGACAGCAUCCGCUUCUUCGUCAAUGUCAACCUCGAGGGCGCUCCCAGCGCCACCGCUGAAAGUGAAGGUGCUGGCUGCGUGUUACUGCACACAUCAAGGAAGUACCUGAAAUUAAAGAAUUUUGAGGAGGAGGUCAGAGCGCAGCGAGACCUGGAUGGCUUCUUGGCCAGAGCCAGCAUCAUCCUGGAUGAAACAGCCACGUCCCUGGACGACGUUCUCCGGGAGAUGCUGAAACACUUCGCCGAGGAUCCUGAGAACAUGGAGCCGAGCUGCAACUUCGAAAAAAUCAUGAACACUUUAUUCACAGAUUCAGGGACCCCACGGGAAGGGAACGGCUCCCCUGACGGUUCAGAGUCAACAGGAAUGAAUGUACAAACAUACCCAUCGCACCUCAAAUUUCACCUCUUAUCAGACACAAUUCAAGGGGUCACAGCCACAGUCACGGGGGUGCAGUAUCAGCAGUCCUGGCUCUGUAUCAUUUGCACUAUAAAGUCCCUUCAGCGACGCCACGUGUGCAUCAGCCGCCUGGAGAGGCCCCAGAACUGGGGGGAGAACUCCUGUGAAGUCAGAUUUGUCAUCCUGGUCCUGGCUCCUCCCAAGAUGAAAAGCACCAAAACGGCCACAGAAGUGGGCAGGACCUUUGCCACGAUGUUUUCAGACAUCACCUUCCGGCAGAAGCUCCUGGAAACCAAAACUGAGGAGGAGUUCAAGGAGGCCUUGGUGCACCAGCGGCACUUGCUGACGGUGGCGAACCAGAGACACUCAGGGAGGAGCGACGGGCACAAAUCACACGGUAGCAAACAGCUCAAGCUGCACGACUUUCUCAGUAUUGGCAAGGGGAUUUCUGAUGACAUUGCACGAAGAUUCCCAGUGUACGCGCUGGACUUCACCGAUGGUAUUAUUGGGAACAACAAAGCUAUAGGGAAGUACAUCACAACCAUGACGUUUCUGUACUUUGCCUGCCUCCUUCCCUCCAUUGCCUUUGGAUCCCUCAAUGAUGAAAAUACCCGAGGAGCUAUUGAUGUGCGGAAGACAAUCUUCGGGCAGUGCAUCGGAGGCCUGCUCUACUCCCUCUUCUCGGGGCAGCCCCUGGUGGUGCUGCUGACCACAGCUCCCCUGGCCAUCUACAUCAGCGUCAUCCGAGGAAUCUGUGAUGACUACAACUUGCAUUUCGGCGCUUUCUAUGCCUGGAUUGGACUCUGGAACAGCUUUUUCCUUAUGAUCUACUCCCUCUUUAAUUUAAGCCUCCUGAUGAAGCUCUUUAAAAGGUCAACAGAAGAAAUAAUUGCACUUUUUAUAUCCAUCACAUUUGUGCUUGAUGCCAUCAAAGGCAUUUAUAAAGUUUUUAAGAAAUACUACCACCACGGGAACACAGGAGGUGGAAAAUCACAGGCUGAUGCCAUCCCAGGCCUCGGCAUCAACACCACCCUCCUGAUGAACUCCUCAGUGAGUGAAAACCAGACCUGCAGUCACAGCGGGCACGACGGGCACGAGACCGCCAUCCUCAGCCUCAUGUUGAUGUUGGGAACCCUUUGGCUCGGCCACACGCUCUACCAGUUCAAGAAAAGCCCAUAUUUGCACGCGAGGGUACGCGAAAUUCUGUCCGACUGUGCCUUACCCAUUUCAGUCCUGACCUUCUCUGUUGUGGGUUCCUAUAUCUUCAGGGAAAUUGAAAUGUCCAAAUUCAACUACAACGCCUCUGACAGCCUGUUUGUGCUGGCCCCCGUGCAGUCCCUGUCCAUCGGGUCGGUGAUGAGCGCCAUGGGGCUGGGAUUUCUCCUCUCCAUGCUCUUCUUCAUCGAGCAGAACAUCGUCGCCUCCCUCACCAGCGCCCCGGAGAACAGGCUGGUGAAGGGCACAGCCUAUCACUGGGACCUGCUGCUCGUGGCGCUCAUCAACACGGGGCUGUCGGUGUUCGGCCUGCCCUGGAUCCACGCGGCCUUCCCGCACUCCCCCAUGCACGUCCGGGCCCUGGCCUACGUGGAGGAGAGGGUGGAGAGUGGACACAUCUAUGAGACGAUCGUGAGCGUGAAGGAGACGCGGCUGACGAGCCUGUUGGCCCAUGUCCUGGUGGGGCUGUCGCUGCUGCUGCUGCCCUUCCCUCUGCAGUGGAUCCCCAAGCCCGUCCUCUUCGGCCUCUUCCUCUACAUCGCCCUCACCUCCAUCGAUGGCAACCAGCUCUUUGAAAGGGUGGCUCUGCUGCUCAAGGAGCAGACCGCUUAUCCUCCGACCCAUUACAUCCGCAGAGUUCCCCAGAGGAAGAUCCACUACUUCACAGGCCUGCAGGUCCUGCAGCUCCUCAUCCUCUGUGGCUUUGGAAUGUCACCCCUGCCUUACAUGAAGAUGAUCUUCCCCCUCAUCAUGAUAGGGAUGAUCCCCAUCAGGUACAACCUGCUCCCCAAGAUCAUCGAGGCCAAGUACCUGGAUGCCAUGGAUGCAGAGUACUGACGGCAGCAGAGGCCACUCCUUCGGGGCUGGAAGAGGCGUGGGACCUUCUCCUGCAUUUUCUUUCACCACCUUUCUCCGUGCUCUGACGUUGGCAGCGCGCUCCUGUCGCAGCUCCACGGGGCCUGUGCCACACCAGGGCAGCCUGGACUUGGGAGGACGCUGCUCUCUGGAGCUGUGAGGAGAACAAGCUUUAUGGGAAAUGCUACUUUCCACAUCCCCAAGCACACAAACCCCAAAGACCAGCCUGGCUGCACGCUUGGAGCAUCCAGAGUUGUCCCGUGUCCCCUUGUUUGAGGGUGGGGGGGGAUUUUUUAAUGCACCACCUCCUUCUCUUCCCCGACACUAAGAGCAGCAAUUGACCCUUGUUUUAUAGAACAACAGCCCUGGCCUGGCCUUUGAAUCCAAUUCCCUGUGCACCCAGUAUUCCCAAAUUGGUGUUCUGGGUGGGAUGGCUUUGUGCUGAACCACUGAUGUCAGGAGAGAUUGUGACUGUUUUCUCAGAUUAAUGGGUUUGGAAACAGUUGCAGUGUGUACUGCUACAAUCCACGGCUUUGGAUGAAUUUUUAAUUCCUGCAAACGAGCUGGGAACAUUCAGAAGCUGGCCCUGUGGACGAAACCCCGUCUGGGUUUGAGCUGUUUGGGAAUUAAUUUGGAUCUUUCCUCCCGUUUCUCCUGGGUAACCAAACACAGAAUUGCAGGUUUUUGCACGACUGCAGCAUUUUUUUGCUUGCACCCAGAGGGCAGUUGUGUGGAGGUUGCAUAUACAUAUGUACAGUAGUGC